AUGGAGAGUGCUCAGCGCAGGAUUUUGGAAGGAGCGCUGUCCCAGGAGCUCCUUUUGGACAUCAUUAGCAAGGCAGGUGCUAUUCGCGGCAGUGAGCUUGGUACCGGGUUGAAGCUCAACGACCCGAUUACAGUAGUUGGAGACAUCCACGGCCAGUAUUACGACCUGGUGAAGCUACUGGAGGUUGGUGGGCAGCCCGGUGACACUCAGUACAUUUUUCUGGGGGACUAUGUUGACCGUGGCUCCUUCUCAGUGGAGGUCGUUGCCGUGCUGUACUCGCUCAAGAUCAAGUACCCCAAGCAGGUACGAAUGCUCCGAGGAAACCACGAAUGCCGGCAAAUGACGUCCUUCUUCAACUUCCGGGAGGAGUGUGAGUACAAGUACGACAUUGGAGUCUACAAUGCUUUCAUGGAUUCCUUUGACAACCUCCCGCUAGCAGCCACCAUCAAUGGCAAGUUCCUUUGUGUUCACGGUGGCCUCUCUCCAGACCUUGGCAACGUCAAGGCGAUUACAAAGAUCAACCGCUUCACUGAGCCUCCAAAGGAAGGCCUCUUGUGUGACUUGUUGUGGUCUGAUCCGCUAGAACCCAAAGACGGAGAGCAGCGGCCAAGCGCCAAGAAGGGCGGCCCGCCCUUCGUGCCCAACGAGGUCCGCGGCUGCUCUUAUUUCUACAGUUUUGAUGGAGCGACGACGUUUCUGAAGAAGAACAACUUGUUGUCGAUCAUUCGAGCUCACGAGGCUCAGCUCGAAGGCUACAAAAUGCACAAGACGAAUCCAAGCACUGGUUUUCCGCUUGUCAUCACAAUUUUCUCCGCGCCGAAUUAUUGCGAUGUUUACAACAACAAGGGAGCCAUUCUCAAGUUUGACAACAGCACCUUGAACAUCUUGCAGUUCAACUGCUCACCGCACCCCUACCACCUGCCAAACUUUAUGGAUGUUUUCCAGUGGAGCAUGCCCUUCGUCAUUGAAAAGGUGACGGAAAUGCUCUACUACAUCCUACAGCCUGCGGCUGGUACCGUGGAUUCCGACGAUGACGUUGCCUUACCGACUUUGCCUGAUUCCAACUGGGUGAACCAUAGGGCCUCCCUGACCGACGAUCAGAACCAGACGGUGGACAUGGCCACGCGUCUGGCUGCCUUGAUCUCGGGCGAGAACGCCAAGGAAAGAGAAGCAAGUGGUUCCAAGGUCGACCCAGAGGUUCGAGACCGAAUGCGGAAGAAGGUGCGAUCCAUAGCGAGGAUGGCCCGGAUGUUCAAGACCCUACGACAGGAGAACGAGACCGUCGUGCGUUUAAAAGGAGUCUGCCCAGGUCACAAGCUGGCCCCUGGGCUCCUCCUUGCGGGCAAGGAGCGGCUGACCUCCGAGCUGGAGCUCUUCAGCCAUGCCCAGGGCAUCGAUCUGGUGAACGAGAAGCGGCCGGAGGCUGUCGGAAGCCGAGAUGAGCCGAACAAAGACAAAGACAGAGCGACAUAG